UGGUCCCCCUUCAAGGCCAUUCAGUCGAACUAUGGGAUGGACAAGAGUGGCGAUGCAAAGCAGGGCUUUUGUUAGCAGCCCCAGCUCAGUUUUUGGGUUGCCAAGCAGGACCGAGUCGGAAUCCCUUGCACCUCUGUACCCGGACUAUGGCAGAUUUCAACAAAAUCUCAGAGACGAUGAAAAACACACUAAAAUGUAUCUUUGUUCUUUUCGUUCUUCAAACAGCCUCAGGUGACAGGUGCUCUCUUGAGAUAUCACCCUCGAGAGUGGUUGUUGCAUUUGGACAGCCGGUGACAGUCAGCUGUGUGGCGUCUCGGCCAGUGCGCGUGCUGGGAUGGGAAUCUGCCAUCGGUCCGUCACACACCCAGCGUGACGUUGCUGUCCAGUGGUCAGUGGACAGCUUGAUUGACUGGAUCGAAGAGCCAAUCUGCUAUGGUGUUUUCUUCAGUGCGCCCAGGCAGUGUGAAGAGAAGCUCAACCUUGUUCUGUACAAGACACCGGACAGCAUCUCCAUUAGCAUGGUAAACCACACUGGACCGAUGGUAGAAGGCAAAGAAUACCAGCUACUAUGUGAGGUGCAGAACAUUGCACCUGUGCAGUACCUCACACUGCGGUGGUACCGAGGACAGACCGAAGUUUACAACCACACAUUUUCUGAGCUCUCUCCGGCUACCCCGGUCCAGGUGUCCUCCACCCUGCUGAUAAACCCAGGCAGGGUAGAGGAUGGAGCUCCAUACAGGUGUGAAGCUGCACUGGAACUGGGUCCAGAAGGACCUCAACCACCACCCAGAGUGAAGUCGGAGCCCCUCAGCAUUGUCGUUCACUACCCACCUGACCCAUUUAACCCAGAGCGGGAGGUGGUGGAGUUCGUUGACGGAGAGGAUGUUUUACUCAAUUGCUCAUCAGGAGGAAAUCCACCACCUUCAUACAGCUGGAGCUCCCCAAAUGUGCAGGACAAUGAUGAAAAUCAGCCGCUCCUCAGAGCCCCCUCUUCAGGCACGUACACCUGUACUGCCUCCAACGUGCUGGGUAAAUCAAGCAAGAAGUUCAUGGUCAAGCCUAAAUCCAAAGGUGUUUAAUUUCACACAUUAAAAUGGAAUGGACAGAUGGUAGGGAUCACUACACAUCAAGAAUAACUACUGCUAUAAGUGUUUGUCCAAUGACACUUAGGUUUUUCAGGUGGGAUGGCCACACUAAGAUGACAGCGUAACUUUUCAGACCUCUGCGUACUUUUUACAUGUAAAACAGUUUUCUUUCUAACUGUUGUGUGCAUGAGUACUUUUAACAAUGUAUGCAAUGUCUGUGUUAGUUGAUGUCUAAAAGUGUUUAACAUUUUUUUGAAAUUAAUUGAGCACCUGCAUCAAAAUAACAUAAUAAUGUAGAAAAAAUGUCUCAUCAACACGCUUAAGUGUACAUAUUGUGCUGUGUUUGGUCUUUAAUGAAACAUUAAUGAACUCUGAA